AUGAACUUCACGCCGUGUGAUGUGAUAUACGUUGAUCGCACAGUCGGUCGAGAAAGGGCUGUUGCGUCAGCCGCGGAAGAUGUUCUUGAGGCUCAAGAAUGGGAAACCGCUUCUAUCAAGGAAAAUGUUCGGCUACUACUCAUGACUUUUGACGAAGUCUACUUGUGCGCAACAGGCGAAUCUUGCGUCUCUCGAUUGAUUGACCUUCAGCAAGACUCAUUAUCCGAUCUCAGGCCAAUCAUAUUGCUGCUCGAUGUACCUCAUGACGAGCGGUUACCAAACACAAGUCUUCGCCUAGGGUCGUCCUCAUCAGACCUUGUUCUUCCGGAUUCCGAGGCUUCAAAGGGCCAAUAUGGUCUCCGUCUACUGCAAAAAGUGGUUUCAGAAGCGCAUUUCAGGAACCUUUCGAAGCUAGUGGUACCCAUCCCCAUCGUCAGCUUCUUGACAGACCCAUCUGCAUAUGCCUCAGAUGUCUCAACCUCAUCCGUGGAUCGUUCUCAGGUGCUCCCGAAACGUGGAGUACCAGACAGGCUACUUGUGAAGGCCUGUCUUGACUUUGGUGCGGUUGAUAUCAUGGUCAGCCCGCUGCACCGUCCUUGCUUGAGCGCUCUGGAGGUGAUCGCCUACCGAGCCCACAAGAAUGCCGCAAGAGAACAACACGAACUGCUGGAAGUUAAGAGAGGUAGAAAAAGAUCUUGGGUGGGAGUCUCAGACGAGAAACCGUUUGCCUAUCUCAGGGAAGCCAUGGUCUCUGGUCUGAUGAAGGGUAUCUGCCGGCUGAGUGAGGAGAGCGACGACCGCGCCGACACGAUCAGGGUAUCGAUAGGGGCCGAAAGAAAGGCAAGAGUUGCCGCAGCAAUCAGCCAGUGGAGCUUUUGUGCGCACGACUUUUCCGACGAUGAACUGGUGGUCGCUUCGUUGCUGAUGUUCAAGCACGCUCUCACUAUCCCGGAACUUGAGAAGUAUAGGAUACCGACAGAUCAGCUUACCACUUAUUUGGUCGCCUGCCGGGCUGCUUACAAUAGCUUUGUACCAUAUCAUAACUUUCGGCAUGUCGUUGAUGUUCUCCAAGCCACCUUCAACUUCUUGAUCGGCAUUGGCUCUCUACCGCCUUUCCCUGCCAACGGAUCGGGUGCAGCGACGAAUCAAAGAUCGCCGAUUGCGGCUUUGCUCAAUCCGUUUGAAGCACUGACGCUACUCAUCACAGCGAUCGGUCACGAUGUCGGUCACCCUGGCGUGAACAACGGCUUCCUCGUGGUACUCAAUGCACCCCUAGCGCAACUGUACAACGACCGUUCGGUGCUGGAAUCAUUUCACUGUGCUGCCUAUUCUCAGAUUCUCCGGAGGCAUUGGCCCGCUGCUUUUGAGGACACCAAGAUGCGCAAUCUUAUGAUCAGUUCAAUCUUGGCAACCGAUAUGGGUCUUCAUUUUGACUACAUGAAAAAACUUGGAGACCUCGAAGACAAGCUACAAGAGAACAACAGCACUGAAGGCUGGAAUGGUCGCCUGAUAGAGGAGCAAAAGGCAUUGGCUUGCUCGUUGCUGAUCAAGUGCGCCGAUAUCAGUAAUGUGGCUCGCAAGUAUGACACAGCUCUCAAAUGGAUGCACAUUCUAUCGGAUGAGUUCUCCAGGCAAGCGUCUAUGGAGAGUGAGCUCGAGAUAGCUUCAUCCUUGAUGGCUCCUCCCAAAACGGACGACAUGUCGCUUCUGAAAGGCCAAUUGGGCUUCAUGAACUUGUUUGCAAUUCCUCUUUUCCAAGGGGUUGCUCAUGUUCUACCUGGUAUGCAGUGUUAUGUUGACGAGCUUGAUAUCAACAAGGGUCUGUUUGAAAAGAAGGUCUCUGAAGCUCAAGCCGCGGACAAUGCAGCGCGAGACAUCCAGCGGGAUGGGGCACUUUCACCUCGGUCCACGAGUGUCGCCAAUACGCCAGCCAAGGAGCGAGACAUCAAAAGCGUGGCUUACCCUGUGAAUUCAACUUUGAAAGAGCAGUGCGAGGCCAGCAAUGAGUUCUCGCCGGAGCAAACAUCACCUACAAACAGACCUUCACACGUUCCAGCUGUCAACGAAGACUAUAAGGAAGUCAAUGGCAUCAACACACAAUUCGACGCUGUGGCCGACUUCGCUGCCAGCGACCCAUUCCACAUCAACGAGGCGAGGCAGUCUGCAUCAGCGAAGCAGCGCUGCAGCGAGGCGACGGACGGUAGUGCGUCGGUCCCAUGUACAGGGGACUGGGCGUCUCAGGCCACAAGCGCUACAACGGGAAAGAUGCCUCUCUCGCCCAGCACCCAGGGGACGAGUAUUGUCAGUCGGGACUCUAUGGAGCGGCCAAUCAGCAUCCCUGUCACGACCAUCACAGCACCCGAUUCGUCCAAGAGCCACUCUGACUCGAGGCUAGAGCCUCAGCGGUCCAUCGAGGACGAGAUGUCGUCCACCUCGUCCAAUGGCAAGUCUAGUGACGUCAAGCCACUCAAGAAGAAGUCGAGUCGUUUUCGGUUGAAUUUUUUUCGCCGGCAUAAGAGCGCGAGUCCACCGCUACCGGCUGCUGACGCUGUAUGA